UCCCGAACGUGACGUUAUCAUCACCAUCGUUAUGUUCACUAACGUGUUAGCAAGUAGUUAUCUAUUUGUCGUGUACGUCCAGUAGACACAGGGAAGCAUUGGCAUCCAUUUAGAGACAUUUUUCUUGUCUCAUGAUGAAUGUAAAGUUCAUUCAUUCUCCCUGUACAUCUGGCUUGGUGGCCAUCAACUUCUAACAAGAUGGCUGACACUUUAGCCUAGCUAGGUGUUGCGUACAGUUGUUAGUCUUUAAUGAUGAAUGGGCUAACAGGUAACGUGAGUACCUUUUGUUGUUUGUUUUGAAAGCAUUUCCUUAAAACCCUCAUGGACUCCUCUCCCUAACUGCGCAACAAUGCACAGGUGUGUCCCAAAUCAAACUUUGGCGACACCUUGUGGUGAGCGCCAGGAAGUGCCUUAUGUCCUUCUCUCCCUCGUGUACGUCACAAAACGUCACCAGGAAGUCCUGUGAAACCAAGGCGGCAUCAUGGCAGAAUACACAGACCCACACGGCGAUGAAGCUGCUCAGGAAAUGCCCGAACUCUCUGACGGUGACGAUGAUGACGAUGACGAAGAGCAGUGGCAGUGGAUGGAGGAAGAGCAGGACAGUCAGCAAGUUACCUGUCUGUUCUGUGACAGGUUGCUGAGCUCUGUGGCUGCCACCCUGCAGCACUGCACAGUAGAUCACCAGGUCAACCUCGUAGACGUGAUAAGAAAACACAAUUUAGAUGACUACGGUUACAUAAAGAUGAUCAACUUCAUACGAUCAACGAAAUGUGAUGCUGCUCAUCUGACGGUGCUGCCAGGUGCUCCCUUACCCUGGGAGAACGAAGACUUCCUGCGACCAGUCCUGCAGGACGACCCCCUGCUGCACACAGACCCUGAGGAGCUCUGUGGCGGUGAGGGGUUGAGCCUGCCAACUUGCCUGUUGUCUGAGACUGAGUCCCAUGAUGCACUGCUGCAGAGGGCACAGGCUGCAGAAGAGAGAGCCUGUCGCUCAGAGGAGGCCCUGGCCAGAGCCAUGGAUGAUCUGCACAAACUGAAGCUGCUCGCUCAGGGUUUGGUACUGAACGCAGACACUAGCAAAUCUGGUAAACUGGGCACUGUGGCCGAGCUCCGAGAGGACGAGGACGAGGCCUACUUCAGCUCAUAUGGCCAUUAUGGCAUCCAUGAAGAGAUGCUGAAGGACAAAGUGCGCACAGAGAGCUAUCGCGACUUCAUGUACCGCAACCCUGAAGUUUUCAGAGACAAGGUGGUUCUCGACGUGGGCUGUGGGACUGGCAUACUCUCCAUGUUUGCUGCCAGAUCUGGGGCCAAGAAGGUCAUAGCAGUUGACCAAUCAGAAAUCAUCUAUCAGGCCAUGGACAUAGUCAGGUCCAACCAGCUGGAGGACAAGAUCACUCUGAUCAAAGGCCGUAUAGAAGACAUCAACCUCCCUGUGGAGAAGGUGGACAUCAUCAUCUCAGAAUGGAUGGGUUACUUCUUGCUCUUUGAGUCCAUGUUGGACUCUGUCCUAUACGCCAGAGACCUCUACCUGGCUGACAGUGGCUCAGUCUAUCCAGACCUUUGUAACAUCAGCCUGGCAGCAGUUGGAGAUGCACAGAAACACCAAGACCGCAUUGCAUUCUGGGAUGACGUGUAUGGCUUCAGUAUGGCGUGCAUGAAGAAGGCUGUGGUGCCUGAGGCUGUGGUGGAAGUGCUGAAAGCAGACACACUCAUCUCUGAACCUGCAGUCAUACAGACAAUUGACUGUAACAGAGUGUGCCUGUCCGAGCUGGAGUUUACAUCAGAUUUCUGCUUGAAGAUAACAGACACCACAGACUGCACGGCAAUUGUCGGCUACUUUGACAUUUUCUUUGACAAAGGCUGCAGCAACAAGGUGAUGUUCUCCACUGGUCCCCAGGUUACAAAGACGCACUGGAAACAGACUGUGUUCCUACUGGAGAGGCCUGUCUCUGUCCAAGCAGGGGAGGAGCUCCAGGGAAAGAUCACCGUGCGUAAAAACAAGAAGGAUCCUCGCUCGCUGCUUGUCACCUUCGACCUCGGAGACAAGAAGCUGGCUUACAGCCUGCAGUAACGUCGGCCGUCACGUGCUGCGGCAACCAGCAAAUAUAACCCCCUUUUUUUUAAUUGAGCGUUCAUGUAUUCACAACAUGUGGGAACAGGACAGGACUGAACACUUGAUUCUGAUGUUUCACAUGUUAGGAUUGUUUCUGUCACUUGUAUUAAAAAAAUCAUGUAUCAGA